AUGAUUGCUAAGGUAUUAUUGAUCGCGAGCGUCGCCGUGGCUGCCCAGGCAGGUCUGCUGGCUCCCGCCGGCGCCGUGUUUGGGUCUCCAUACGCGUACAGUGGCUACAGCGGCUACAAUGGUUACCCGGCACAGCCCGCCAUCGCAACACAACAAUCCAACAUCAUCCGCUCGCCAUUCAACCUGGGACAGGUAUCAACAUACUCCAAGGCCAUCGACACGCCGUUCUCCAGCGUUCGGAAGGCUGACAUCCGCGUGAGCAACCCAGGGGUGGCCAUCGCAUCGACGUACCCUGGACUAGCGGCUCCUCUUAUAGCUCACGCGCCGGUCGUGGCGCCCGCUGCCAGGGUUGGAGGACUGUUAGGGGUGGCGUACUCCGCAGCUCCGGCCGUGUCCCACAUGACCUACACUAACGGCUUAGGACUCUCCUACGCCUGGUGAUCUUAUCCUCUUUCAUUAGUAUUAAGUUUAACAUCAUAAUCAAAUGAAAAAUUC